AUGGCCAACAAUAUGCAUGUUGCAGAGAAGAAAUUAUUUCCAAGGAGCAUCCAAGAAAUGUCCAUGGAUGGUGAUGAACCACCACCAGAAUAUUUAGUCAAAGGAAAUACUUUUGGAUCUAAAGAUUCUCCAACACUGAUUCAAAUACCCAUCAUUGAUGUAAGUCUUCUUUCAACAGAAAAUGAGCUACAGAAGCUAAGAUCUGCUCUAAGCUCAGCUGGAUGCUUCCAGGCAAUUGGUCAUGGUAUGUUAACUUCAUAUCUUGACAAAGUUCGUGAAGUUGCAAAACAAUUUUUUGCACUUCCAGUUGAGGAAAAACAGAAGUAUGCACGAGCUGUGAAUGAAUCUGAAGGGUAUGGAAAUGAUAGAGUUGUUUCAGAGAAACAAGUUCUUGAUUGGUCUUAUCGCCUCACCCUUCGAGUUUUUCCAAAAGAAAAACGAAGGCUUUCUCUUUGGCCAGAAAAUCCAAGUGAUUUCAGUGAGACAUUAGAAGAGUUUUCUACCAAAGUGAAGUCAAUGAUGGACUAUCUCUUGAGAAGCAUGGCAAGGUCAUUGAAUUUAGAAGAAGGAAGCUUCUUGGACCAAUUUGGGAAGCAAUCAUUACUCCAAGCAAGGAUCAACUACUAUCCGCCUUGUUCUAGACCUGAUUUGGUUCUUGGUGUCAAACCUCACACGGAUAGAUCAGGAAUCACAGCUCUAUUGCAAGAUAAAGAAGUUGAAGGUCUUCAAAUUCUUAUAGAUGACAAAUGGAUCAAUGUUCCCACAAUACCUAAUGCUCUUGUUGUCAAUCUUGGCGAUCAAAUGCAGAUUAUGAGUAAUGGAAUAUUCAAGAGUCCAAUGCAUAGGGUUGUGACAAAUACAGAAAAGCUGAGGAUGUCUAUUGCAAUGUUUAAUGAACCAGAACCAGAGAACGAAGUUGGACCUGUUGAAGAGUUAAUAAAUGAGACAUGUCCAAGAUUGUACAGAAAUGUCACAAAUUAUGGUGACAUCAACUACAGGUGCUAUCAAGAGGGGAAAAUAGCACUUGAGACUGUCAAAGUUGCAGAUAACUAUGAACAGAAGUGA